AGAGAGAGGAGGGAGGCAGUGCCAGCAGGAUCAAACUUCCCUCCCAUCAGCAUGCAGCGUGCUAUGUGAAUGUACAUAUGUGUGUGUGUGCGGUCAGAUCCUUCUGCUAACGCGCUCUGAGAAAGACCUCCCCAGCCCACACGGGUUUAGUGUUUUGGAGACUAACCUGUGGGUCGAUGCACAGCUCUGUAAAGCAUGAAAACUGGGAUCCAGCAGCAAACAGGACGAGAGAGAGGAAAGUGCACGACAAACGAGCUGAACCCUCAGGACUGUCAGUAGGUCAGUAGGGAACCAUGUGCAGCUCCCUGAGCCCCAAACAGUGCAGCGGGCCCGGCCUCACAGACAUGCAGCAGUAUCACCAGUGGCUGACCAGCAGACAUGAAGCCAGCCUGCUGCCCAUGAAGGAAGACCUCGCCCUGUGGCUCAACAAUAUUCUCGAUCUGGAAAUCACCGCAGAGAGCUUCAUGGAUCGCUUGGACAACGGCUUCCUGUUGUGCCAGCUGGCUGAGACACUGCAGGAGAAGUUCAGACAGAGUAACGGAGCCUUGCUUUCACGUGGAAACAGCAAGCAGAAUAUUCCCCAUCAGAGGAUACCAUGUCGCCAGAGCGCUCCCUCCGGCUCCUUUUUUGCUCGGGACAACACAGCCAACUUCCUGUCCUGGUGUCGUAAGGUUGGAGUUGGGGAGACAUGUCUCUUUGAGUCAGAGGAUUUAGUUCUUCAUAAGCAGCCACGAGAAGUGUGUCUCUGUCUGUUGGAGUUGGGAAGGAUAUCUACAAGGUACAAUGUGGAGCCUCCUGGACUUAUACAACUGGAGAAAGAGAUUGAACAAGAGGAAAAAGGUCCUCCACCACCCCCAUCACCUGUAUCCCCAGUUCAGCCGCUCUCGCCUUCCCCCUCCUCAUCUCCUUCUCCGUCUCCGACUCCGACCAAAGUCAGCUGUAGCAAGAAAAGUACAGGGAAGCUGCUGGAUGAUGCUGUAAGACACAUUGCUGAAGACCCCCCGUGCAGAUGUCCAAAUAAAUUCUGUGUGGAGAGACAUUCACAGGGUCGAUACCGUGUUGGAGAGAAGAUGCUUUUUAUUCGGAUGCUGCACAACAAGCAUGUGAUGGUGCGUGUAGGUGGAGGCUGGGAGACCUUUGAGAGCUACCUGCUGAAACACGACCCGUGCCGCAUGCUCCAAAUCUCCCGAGUGGAGGGCAAGACUUCCCCUGUGAGCAGCAGCAAGUCCCCCAAUAUUAAAGACCUCACCCCUGACAGCUACCUGGUAGUGGCAGCACACUACCGCAGCAAAAAGUGAAGACAAGAGACUGCACGGUGCCAGUGAUAAAAGGACACAGAGGAGGACUUCUUGCCAUUGUGUACUACCAAAUGGAUGUAGCUACAAAACAAAACCCUGUUGUUCAACAUAUCAUAUUAUAGCUACAGGUGCAAGAGCGAUUAUGAAAAGCAGAGAAAGAGUCAAUUCUGUCACGUGUUUGAGUGCGGAAUCACACUAGUAUGCCCAUAAGUUGUAUUUUAUGAAGUUUUAUACAUCUGUAAACAGCUUUGAAAUAUGCCUACUGUAUAAUGUGUUAAGUGGGUAAAAGAUGUACAGUAAAGCUGUACAUUUUCUUGACUUUUUUUCAGUCACUACUUGUAUUUUAAGCAAUAUAUCACUUUUAGUAGGUCCUCUCCUUGAUUUAUUCCAAAUACUCCAUUCAAGUUGUCGAUCGGGCCGGCAUUAACAGAUCGUAUCGGACAUAUUAGAAAAUGAACUUUUCUGGAACUUAUCGGAGUAGGUUUUCUUUGGAAAAUGUGUGUCAAGCUAGUUGACAUUUUUGGCUAUAGCAUUGUCUUGCCCCAUUGUUUUUAUUUUCCUGUUUGGUCUCACAUUGGUAAACUUCAUAUCUUUAUUAAAUGGAUGGCUCUCGUUAGCAUCGCACUAAGUCAAAGCAAUUUCAACAGAAACAUCAUUCUUGGAUCACUGCCAAAUCUAAGAAACCAAAAAUGUGUCGUAAAGAGAAUGGACUUUAUGUCAUGUGUUCUUUAUUGGGCUGAGAAAAUGAAGAUUGUAUUCAUGUUUGAUAACCAUUCUAUGCAAUUAAAAUUGUACUAUAACUUUUUUUUUUAGUAAUUUUGCAGAUAGGAUGGUGUCUGUUUUAUACAAUUUUUAUUUUAGUAACAUACUGUAGAUGAUCACCUGUCCAAGAUGCAGUAUGUACAUAAACACAUUGAUUUAUGCUUCAUAUUAACAUGAGAUUCAUAUAUCGCUCUGUGAUUAUGUUGUAUGGUACUGACCUUUAGAGAUUGAGAUCAUUGCAGCUUCAUAAAUACUAUUAGUCCGAUAAUUGGUUUCUCACAAUUUGUCAUUGUCUAUGCAGAGUAACCCAAAGAAUUGUUUGUGAUGUACAUGAGUGCAAUGUCUGUUCAAGAUGUAAGUUUUCAAUAAAUUGUCAAAUCUUUCAACUUA